GCUAGCUAGCUAUUAGCUAUAUAGCAGCUUUCACUCAGACCUUUAGUUUUCUUGAACAAGAUAGGGAACUAUUAAUUAUUACUCUUUGCUUUCCUCUUUCUUCUUUUACCUUUUGUCAUCUCUAGGGUUUCAGACAAAGCAGCCAAAUAUAUUAUAUAUAUAUAUAUAUACAUAAACAACAAACUACAUCUCUUACUUACACCAACUACUAUACUUUUAUUUUAUUUUUUAUGAGAGAAUGAUAAAAGGUAUGCUAGGAGAUGAUAGUAUGUCAAAUUUAACAAGUGCAUCUAAUGAAGCAAGCAUAUCUUCAACCAACAAUAGAAUUGAAAUUGGUAGUCAUGUUCUCUACCCACAACUACAAAACAUUCAAACCCAACCACCUCCUAACAAGAAGAAGAGAAAUCUACCAGGAAAUCCAGAUCCAGAAGCAGAAGUUGUAGCAUUAUCUCCAAGAAGUCUAUUGGCAACCAAUAGAUUUGUAUGUGAGAUAUGUAACAAAGGAUUUCAAAGAGAUCAAAAUCUUCAACUGCAUAGAAGAGGACAUAAUUUGCCCUGGAAAUUAAAGCAAAGAAGCAAUAAAGAAGUGAAGAAGAAAGUAUAUGUGUGUCCAGAAGCAUCAUGUGUACAUCAUCAUCCAUCAAGAGCAUUAGGGGAUCUGACUGGGAUUAAGAAGCAUUUUUGUAGAAAACAUGGUGAGAAAAAAUGGAAAUGUGAAAAAUGUUCAAAACGUUAUGCAGUUCAAUCGGAUUGGAAAGCUCACUCUAAGAUUUGUGGUACAAGAGAGUAUAGAUGUGAUUGUGGAACACUUUUCUCUAGGAGGGAUAGUUUCAUUACACACAGAGCCUUUUGUGAUGCUUUAACAGAAGAAAGUUCAAGAACAAUAAUCCCACCACCAAAUUCUUCAACUUCUCAUCACCUUAAUCUUCAUACACUUCAAAACUUCCAAAUGAAACAAGAACAACAACAACAACAACAACAAAGUAACGACCUCUCUUCUCAGUUAUUCAUUCAAAACCCUAAUAGCAAUAGCAGUAACAUGUUCGGUGCACUACCUCCUCAUAUGAGCGCAACUGCAUUGCUACAAAAAGCAGCACAAAUUGGAGUAACUUCUUCUUCUCAUACUGCUAAUAACAUGAGCGCCACAACUUUUUUCAGUCCUACUACCAGUACAGCAAGUGGCAUUGCAAUGUCAGGAUCAGGAUCAGGAGCAGGAGGUGGUGAUAUAGCGUCACGUCAAUAUCAUCCAUUUGAAAAUAAUAAUAAUAAUAAUAAUACAAACACUGAUUUUGUUACUGGUAAUACGUCUUUUCAUGAUUUUGGUGCGAGUGUCACCCCUGGGUUCAUGGAACAAGUCCAUGACAUGCAAAACAUGAUGGCUACUACUGCACCUUCUUUGCCAUGUACUAGUUUUGAUGAUGGAUUUGGUCGCGGCGCGCAAUUGAUGAGACAAGGUAAAGAAAAUAAUGAAGGGUUGACAAGAGAUUUUUUGGGACUUAGAGCAUUUCCACAUCACAGGGAUUUUCUCAGUACUACUACACCACCUGCUGCUCUUCAUUAUAACAUGGGUUCUUCUUCUGCUGCUGCUGCUCCUGCUUCAUUUGAUCAACAUCAACAUCAUCAUCAUCAUCAUCAGAAUCAAAAUCAAAAUCAAAAUCAAUCACCCUGGCAAAAUUAGUUCUACUAUGAUUUCUGAAUACAACAAUACUUAGUAUUAUAUUUUGUUGUUGUUUUGUGUCAGUGUUAAAAAGUCUUUUGGAAGGGAGCUAAGCACCCAUCUUAACUUGCUUUUUAUUUAUAUCAUAUUUUUAUCUUUUCAGGUUCAGUUA